AUGUCUGACUUUAUUCACAAAGUACAGUCAAUCACAUCACAAGAUGAACCAAAAUCAAAUAUUCCAAAUGUUUAUCCACAUAUAUAUGAUGAUGAACAUGUAAAAAGUCAACAUGAAUUCCAUCCAGAAAAUUCUUCACAUCAAAAUCAUCAAUCUGGUUCAAUAUAUGUUCCAGCUUAUGAUGAAGAAGAAGUAACUGUUAAAGAAUGGUUUGAAAAAGUAUUUGCACAUCCUUUACAAUUUAUUAAAAAUUAUUUAAUAUCAUUAUUUCCAAUUUUAAAAUGGAUUUCUCAUUAUAAUUAUAAAUGGCUUUAUGGAGAUUUAGUUGCAGGUAUAACUGUUGGUGUUGUUUUAGUACCUCAAUCUAUGUCAUAUGCUCAAUUAGCUGGUUUAGAACCUCAAUAUGGUUUAUACUCUUCAUUUGUUGGUGUUUUUAUUUAUUCAUUUUUUGCUACAUCAAAAGAUGUUUCAAUUGGUCCUGUUGCUGUUAUGUCAUUACAAGUUUCAAAAGUUAUUGCUCAUGUUCAACAUAAAUUUGGUGAUCAAUACGCUGCACCUGAAAUUGCUACCUUCUUAUCAUUAAUUUGUGGUGGUAUCGCUGCUGGUAUUGGUAUUUUAAGAUUAGGUUUUAUUUUAGAAUUUAUUUCAAUUCCUGCAGUUAUGGGUUUUAUGACUGGUUCUGCUUUUAGUAUUAUUUCAGGUCAAGUUCCUGGUUUAAUGGGUUAUAAUAAAUUAGUUAAUACUAGAGAUAGUACUUAUAUGGUUAUUAUAAAUACUUUAAAACAUUUACCAGAUUCAACUAUUGAUGCAGCAUUUGGUUUAGUUUGUUUAUUCAUAUUAUAUGCUUGGAAAUUUUCAACUGAUUAUGCUCAAAAAAGAUGGCCAAAAUAUAAAAUGUAUUUCUUUUAUAUUCAACAAUUAAGAAAUGCUAUUGUUAUUAUUGUUGCAACUGCUAUUUCUUGGGGUAUUGUUCAUCCUUUAAAAAAAUCAUUUGAUGGUCCUUCAAGUAAAUUUAAAGCUCCAUUUUCAACUAUUGGGGAUGUUCCAAGAGGUUUAAGACAUGUUGGUAAAAUGACUAUUCCAGAUGGUAUUGUUGGUGCAAUGGCUGCAGAAAUUCCUGUUUCAACAGUUAUUUUAUUAUUAGAACAUAUUGCUAUUUCAAAAUCUUUUGGUAGAGUUAAUGAUUAUAAAGUUGUACCAGAUCAAGAAGUUAUUGCUAUUGGUGUUACUAAUUUAAUUGGUACUUUUUUCAAUGCUUAUCCUGCUACUGGUUCAUUUUCAAGAUCUGCUUUAAAAGCUAAAUGUGGUGUUAGAACUCCAUUAGCUGGUAUUUUCACUGGUGCUGUUGUUUUAUUAGCUUUAUAUGCUUUAACUUCAAGUUUCUAUUAUAUUCCAAAAGCUGUUUUAUGUGCUGUUAUUAUUCAUGCUGUUUCAGAUUUAAUUGCUAACUAUAAAGUUACUUGGUCAUUUUGGAAAAUUAGUCCAAUUGAUUGUGGAAUAUUUUUAAUUGCUGUUAUUUUAACUGUUUUUGUUACUAUUGAAGCUGGUAUUUAUUUUGCUAUAGCUGCUUCAGUUGUUGUUUUAUUAUUUAGAAUUGCAAUUCCAAAUGGUUUAUUUUUAGGUAAAGUUCAAGUUGCUGAAGUUAUAAAUCCAAUUAUUGAAAAUACAAUAACUUAUGAAGAUUCAGAUUCAAGUUCAGAUUCAUCAAAUAUUGAAAUUCAUCAAGUUUUAUCAAGAUCAUCCAAUGAAGAUACUAAAAAGAAACAUACUUUUGAAGAUAAAAAAAUUCCAACAACUAAUACAUUAACUGCUAAUCAUUCAAAUGUUAGAUUUCAUACUCGUUGGGUUCCAUUAAAUAAUAAAAAUAUUAAUAAAGAAUUAAAUGUUACUCCACCACCACCAGGUGUAAUAGUUUUUAAACCUGUUGAAUCAUUUACUUAUCCAAAUGCAUCACGUCAAAUUGAUAAAGUUUUAGAUGAAGCUAAAUCAAUAACUAAAAGAGCUAAACCAUAUAGUUAUACCGAUACUGGUUCAAGACCUUGGAAUGAUCCAGGUCCAUUAAAAUGGAAUUUACCAUUUUUAAGAAAAUAUAAUAAACAAGAAUCUCAUGAAGAAGAUACAAGACCAAUAUUAAGAAUUGUUCAUUUUGAUUUUUCAACUGUAGCUCAAAUUGAUGUAACAUCAAUUCAAGCAUUAGUUGAUUUAAGAAAAGCUUUAAAUACUUAUGCUGAUCGUGAAGUUGAAUUUCAUUUUUCAGGAAUUUUGAGUCCUUGGAUUAGAAGAGGUUUAUUAAAUGCUGGAUUUGGUACUUAUGAAGAUGGUUUAACAUCAAGUAAUAAUUAUGUUGAUAUAGCUACUGAUUAUAAAGAUUUAGAAAAUCAUAUUAAUGAACCUUAUUAUGCUGCUACUGGUACAAAUACUCCAUUUUUCCAUUUGGAUAUUCCAGAUUAUAGAUAA